CCAAUUUACCCGGCGCAGAAAUGAAGCGAGUUUCGAUAUUCUCGAGCGUUGCUUUAUGUGGGCUGCUAAAUCUUGGCUUUUGGUUUCGUUCCUUUCGUUAAAGGAACACCAAACUGCAUUUACGAAUCUGGAAGCUAUUUACAAGGUACAGCGUUGUGAUUUUAACCAUCAACGACCGUUAUUUGGUUCAUUAUCGUUUACACCGUCUAAAAGUUGAUCAUCGGAGUAAAUUUCAAGAGUAAAUAACGACUGAUAAGGACGAUAUCAACGAAUUUGUGAAGUUCCCCGUAGAGACUGGAUUCUGCAGAAGAAUUUUGUGGCCUUAAAGUACAUAUUGUGAGCUAAUCAAGAAAUUAAUUGACGUAAGAAUUAUAACGUCAAAUUGUUGAUAGUGAAGAGUUCUUCAAGUAUUCAAACCAGCGUAAGUAAAGGAUUGUUUUGGUUUUGACUGCUGUAUUUGAAAGUGCGAAGACGUCAGAAAUCAAAGUCUAACCUCGCUUUGGAUCUCACAGUCGUCAAGAUUUCAUCAAAGGGGAUUCAGGUCCCCAGGAAGUCAACCUCUAGCGCGAAAAUUAAGACACAACGCAAAAAUAUUUCGCUUUCGAUCACCUCCAGAUCCAACCAUCUGUUUUUCAGCAUCUACACUGUACACCUGGUGGCACCAGCUUUAAUUUUUAUUUCUUGACAAAAACAUUUUAUUUCAGAUUCUUUUUGUUCUUCGGUAAGUCAUCGACAACGGCAAGAAGUGUUUGUUAUCCUCUCCAGUUAGAGUAACUCUCAUUUGUGUGACAAUGCAUGGCAUGACUUGACUUUUUCGAACCCUCAACGAUCACGUUGCCUGGGAUAAAUCUUUUGUAUUCCACCAUCAGAGAAUUUUUUUGUCACAGUAAUUAUUUCUAACAGUUAUCACUUCCAAGCGUGUAUUUCAACCUUUUUUGAAUGCGUCGAUUACGCUAAAUUUUUUAGCUUAAAACAAUUUAUUUACUUCGCACGUCGUUGGAAGUGAAUGCAUAGCAACUCGAAGGCGUCACAUCUAUGGUUUGUGUUUCUGCAUUUUACUGAGGGGUGCUCGUGAGGACAAAGUCAUGAAUUCCAGAGAACAGCUUGAAAAAGCUCUAUCUUCGAAGCUCAACGGGAUCCAAAUAACUAAUCAAUUGAGCAGGCUAUCCAGAGCAAAAGCAACGCCUCCUGUUCUCAAAACGCAGCCGAUAAGGCCGCAAAAAUCGUUCAGGUUUAUACCACAUCCCCCUCAAAAUCGAAAGUCGGUCGGCUUUCAGAACAGUCGAGGAGCUGAUAGCAAGCACAUUAAGCCAGUGCCUCCUACAGAGCCUCAUGGAAAGAAAUCUAUGGUUAGAAAGUUUUACGAUGUUAGAAAACUAGACAGUAUUGUUGACGAAAGCAGGGUUAGCGGAGAUGGAGAAUCACUGGAUAAUGAGGAAUUUUACGAGAAGUCAAGGUGUCCGUCUUGGGAGCGUAUGCCAGGGGAUGGAUGCAUCUCUGACAUCGCUGAAGAAGAUGAAGAUGCAGAAGAAGACGGUGACUUGGAAGAGAAUGAUGAUGACGAUGAUAAUGAUAAUGAUGAGUCUGUGGAGGGGAACUAUGACAAUGAUUUCUAUGAAUGCGAUGACCUUGAUGAAGCAGGCUCUUCUGACAUUGAUGACAAUGAUGAUGACGAUGAUGAUGAUGAUGAUGAUGAUGGUUCUCAGUCACUGAUCAGCACAGCCGCAUCUUCUCGUAUUUCUACUGCAAAAAGUAGAGCAUCAAGUGCAAGACCACUGACAUUAAGUACUCGUAGAUGGUCUGGUACAGUAGGAUCAUCCCAACCAAGUUCAGUCUCAUCCAAAAAAACAAAUGCGUGGGCAUCAACUGGUGAUGAUGAAAAACAAGAGAAAAUUCCACCACUAGUACCCAGCCUAUUUCCUCAUAUAUCUCCAACCAUCUACUUUUCUGUUGAGGGAGAAACAGUGGGUCAACUUUCCCCUGAACUGCGAAAACUUCUCCGAUGGAAGAUGAGUUCGAUAACACCAAAUGUUAUUAAACAGUGUAUUGCAAGAGCUGGCUUUAAACCAACGAAGACAGGAAAUGACUGGUUAGGAUACUGGGGCAAACACAUGAAGGCGACCUGUUUUAAAACUGUCAGAGAAUAUCAAAAGGUAAACCACUUUCCUGGUACGUUUCAAAUUGGGAGAAAAGACAGGUUGUGGAGAAAUCUCUCUCGGAUGAUAGUGCAUCAUGGAAAAAAAGAUUAUGGCUUUGUUCCACAAACCUAUGUUCUUCCUUAUGACAUGAAAUUACUCAAAAGGGCGUGGGAUGAUGCUAGCAGUCGACAGAAAUGGAUUCUCAAGCCGCCUGCUUCAGCCAGAGGGAUUGGAAUCCGUGUGAUUCACAAGUGGAAUCAAAUUCCAAGGAAGAGACCUGUUAUUGUUCAGAGGUACCUUGCCAAACCAUUUCUUAUCAAUGGAAGCAAGUUUGACCUUCGAAUAUAUGUCUAUUUCACUUCAUAUGAUCCACUCAGGAUUUAUGUCUUCGAAGAUGGACUUGUGAGAUUUGCAACAUGCAAGUACUCAUCAUCCAUGAAAAGUCUGAGCAACAAGUUCAUGCAUCUGACAAAUUAUAGCAUCAAUAAGAAGAACGAAGGAGCUUACCAAGCGAACUCUGAUGAAACUGUUUGUCAGGGACACAAAUGGAGUUUGAAAGCUCUUUGGGGUUACAUGAAACGAAUGAACAUCAAUCACGUUCAUGUUUGGGAGACAAUAAAGGAUUUAGUCGUCAAAGCCAUCUUAGCGUCUGAUUCAGCAGUAAACACCAUGGUAAAACAGAAUGUGAGGAAAAGAUCUUGCUGUCAUGAGCUUUUCGGAUUUGAUGUCAUGUUAGAUGAAAACCUGAAACCGUGGUUACUAGAAGUGAAUAUAUCUCCAAGUCUUCACUCCACUUCCCAGCUGGACCGUAACAUCAAGGGACAGAUGAUCAAGGACUUGUUAAACCUGGCAGGAUUUUGCAUUCCAGAAAAUCUGGUCACAACUUCAACAUCAAGCACUAGUAACAUGAACCAGUUUGUUCAAGAUAAAGCAGUGACGGCUCUAUCUUCAGAUGAGAGAGCAAAGCAUGCGUUUUAUGUUCAACGUCAUCUAGAUGAGCGCACGAAACAGUCAAUUCUGGACAUCUUGACACCAGACGAUAUUAGAAUGCUUAUGGAGGCAGAAGAUGAGAAUAGUCGAAGAGGCUGCUUCCAGCGAGUUUUUCCAUCCAUGUCGUCCAACAAGUAUUUAAGGUUCUUUGAGUCUCAGAGAUACUACAAUAUUUUGUUGGACGAGUGGACAAGAAAGUACAUGAGAGAGGGUCGGAGCACAGCCUUGGGAAUCGCUGUUCUCCAAGCACUUGGUGAAAAGAAACUUCAUAUUGGUGCCACCUCGGAUCCAACACAUCAAUGGGCUUGCCCUCAAGGUAUAACGUACAGGUCCUCUUCCGCUCCGGCUCUCAAUUUGGACUACGGACCCAUCAAAUCAAGUGCUUCGGCUCCGGUGCUUCUGCCCAAAAUAAAGAAGAAGUCAACAAAAUCGCACACAUCAAAGAUGUCUUCCAGCUCAGCCACGUCCUCUGAACGCACCCGACAGAUGCUGAGAGCUCGGAUGAAAUCGAACAUCUGACUAGUGCAGGACAGAGGGCCGCUUACUGUGACAACAACUACCAUACCUUCCCUCCCUAGUAUCAAUGAACAGCCAGUGUGUAGUGGAGGGGAGGGUGAAGAGUGCAUCCAGAACAGACAUGCGCAUUGUACAAUUGAGACUUGCCCUCAGAAGCGAGUUCUUCAUGAACUGUUGAUUCAUCUGAACAGAUUGAAUUUAUCCGCGGACAGAUAUGCUUAAGCGAUUGGUUUUCAUUUUUAAUUGCGAGAAUUCUCGAUUGAUAUGUAUAUAUGUUCAUAGUUUAUGCGUGUAAAGAGCGAAAAGUGAGAAUUGAAGUAAUUUUCAUCAGACAGUUUAACCCGUGUGGUUUUAUAGUAAACCUGAGCAUAAUGAUUUCGAAAUUUAUCUCUCGAAGUUCUGUUAGCAGAUGUGGAGCAGAAAUAUUUAUCACCAAAGCUUUAGAUAGCUGUAAUAACGAAUUACAUUUAUUUUUGAGAUGAUGAUAACUUAAAAAUAAUUAAUUUUAUUUUGAUAAUUUCUCGACACCAAAUUUCUUUAUAAUGUUGAACAGAUGUAUACAACAGUAACUACUUCUUAACGCUUGUAAAUCCGAUUUCCAUGAUUGAAAUAGUAGCUUUGUGCUAUAUUCUAUUAGCGGCAAUUUUUUCUACCUAUUUAUGUACCAAAUGAGAAUAAUAUUUCCAAAGAAAAAGCUAAUUAAUAUAACCAUGAAGGAAUUAAUAACAGAUGAUCACUGCAUUUCAUUGUGAAAGACAAUAUAAUUUAAGUAUUUUAAUGAAUAAAAAAAUAUUGCGAAGAA